UCAUUCCCGCGAGCGACAGCGCCUGCAGUUCCUUCCGCAAGCGCAGUGUUCUUUCCUUAGCAUGUUCAAUGACCAUCCUACCCACGCUGCCGCCGGCCCAACCCGACGCUCCCUCCCCGUCUGCUGUUGAUGAGGUGGCAGCCCGCCGUGGCUCAUCAACAACAGGUCCGCGCCUAGGAUCGCCCGCUCGGUCCACAACAUCUUCACCAAAACGCCCCGAGUCCGCCGCCGCCCUCGAGAGCACUACCAAGCUUGCCAGAAACGUGUCGCCGGGCCUGUUGGCCCGCAUGAAAUUCCUCAACCAGAACCAGGCACCAGAGGUUCCCCGUAGCGCCUUUACACCCGCGCAUAUUGGCAAAAUCUCGGAGCGCAAGAUCCGCGAGCUCGACGAGUUUCACCGCGACCGCCGCAGCUUUCACAUCGAGCGCAGAGGCACUGCCUGGAGCGGUACGAGCAGCCAGGUCGGCACGCCCCUCAUCCCGCAGUUGACGGGCGAGUCGGUUCCGGCGCUGGCCAUGGACGCCAGCCCGCCCUCAAGCUUCGAAAGCAACCGCAGCAGCUUCGUGAGCACCAGCGACCGCGUCCUGCCCUCUGACUCGGAAGCCGGCGACCUGAACGAGGACCACCAGAAAUACCGCCUCCCCGACAUCACCAAAAGCAAGAGCCUCUCGCGCGCCGUCACCGAGACGGAGGCCAGCAGCGACACCGAGCUGGGCCGCCCACCCACGCCGCCGCCCAAGGACACACCACCCGUGCCAGAGGCCUCGGUGCUCGACAGCGAAAACGGCAUCGAUGUCGACGCCUACUUCCACCAGCGCCAUUUCUCGCGCGCCAAUUCCAUCUACACCCUCUCGCGCGCAAGCUUCACCAACCAGAUCCAGCAGUUGACCUCCAUCAAGCUGCCACCACCCGACUCCCUCACCUCAGAAAUCCGCGCGCUUCCUUCCUCAACGGCCGCUGGUCGGGCGUUACACAGCGCUGCCAAUAGCAUAAAGCAAUGGAUGGCCAAGGCAGCAGAGGUCCUCAGUGGGCUCGACGCCGAGGACGAUGUGGAGUGGGCUGCUGCUGCUGGGCGUGAGGGACUGGAAGAGGUCGACGCUGCGAUUGGCAAGUUCGAGGGAUUGGUCAAUGUAUACAUCACCGCCAUUGAGGAUCUUCAAAGCCGAGACGACAUUGCUACCUUGCCAAACCGAGACCUCACCACGCUAGUGACUCAAAUGGAAGAGGUGCUCAGCAACUGGUCCAAGAUUAAGCAGACACUCAAGGGUAUCAAAUCGCAAGUGGAAAUGGCCAUGGAGUGGGAAGAGCUGUGGAACACUGUGCUAGGCGAGAUUGGCAUGGAGAUUGAAAACCUUAGCCGGCUUGUUUUCGAGAUGGAAGAACGGCGGCACCGUGCGAUCAGCGAUUCCGUUGCAGAGUCUGCAGAAACGUUCAACAUUGCAGACUUGGAAACGAUCGUGGAGGAGACUCCUCGCCAACAAAAACGCGAACACGCCCGGCUGCAGAGCAACCGGUUUAGUAUGCCCACGCUCUCAAUCAUGUCACCUGUUUCACCUAUUCCGCAAAUUGAGCAGGAGAACUCGCGACUACUCGCAUUGUUUGCGAAACUUCAGCCUCUACGCGCCUCCUUGGACUUCUUACCUAUGCGUCUUCAGCACUUCCAGAUGCGCGCAAGCAAACUGUUUCCUUCUGCGUGCGAUGAGCUCACUAGGCGGAAGGAACAACUUGAGACACUGGAGAAGAAGCUCGAAGCUGAUGCUGAUGCUUUGAGAGAAGAGCUUGGCGAGGACAAAUGGGUGCAUAGCUUCCGACAGGCUGGCAGCAAAGCAAUCGCCAUGUAUGACUCACUAAUGAAGAGCAUUCAGAGGCUACGACAGGUCAUUGACGAGGGUGACGAUGAGAAAUUGGGCUCCCGCAUGUCGACAUACAAGGACAAGCGCGAGCACUACCCACCUUCGAUGAAGCGGGUCCUGGAGCUGAUCGAUAUUGAGAUGAAGCACCGGUCAACCGUCAAUGGCGAGAUCCUGCGCAUUCAGCAAGAUGUUAGACAGAAGGUAUCUGACUUGCAGAUUCAGAUGAAAGAGACAGACAUGGUCAUUGAAGAACUGACAGCCACGCGGAAGCUGCGCGAUUCAGUGUCUACAGUUCUCUCGGCGCGCACUGAGGCAUCAUUGACAGGCUCUGCUUUAGACACGCCAAACAGUUCGCCUGCCUCAAGCGUCAUCAUGAGCCGGAAAAGCAGCGAAUACGGCCGCAUUACUCCAGUCGGGAAGACGUCGCGCCAGCCAAGUACAUCUAGCACAAAGUCUUCUCUAACUGCAAGUCGUCGGUUGUCUAGUCUUCCAAUGGCUACUGGUACUAGUGGACGCAAGACAAUCUCAUCGUCUCGGCUUGAGGCACUUGCUGCGCCCGUGCAUCCUCCACGAUCCAUGUCUACUACUCCGACACGGCAGUUGCAUUCGGCGACUCCAUCAUCCGAAAGACCCCGGUGGAACUCCAGCACCAACAUGCGUGAUACUGUAGUCGGGCACAACUUCAAACCCUUGUCAUUGACGACCCCUUCACCGCAUCGGAAGGACCCUACCACCCCUCUCAGGACUUUGAGGAGUGUAUCUAGUCACUCUGCCAUCCCUGUCCGUAGCCCUCUCAGCCAGGCUUCUGCGUUAUCGCCUAUUUCCUCGCGUCCUGCCUCCACUACGCCUGCGCAACAAGCCAUCGGUCGACGUCCCUUGGCCAGCCCUAUGCAGUCUCCCUCCACACCCGCUCGUGGCAAAUCCGCUCUACAGACUACACCGAAUUCAUCGUUGUCGUCCUGCCGCACUCCAAACUCGACUCGCAGAGUGACAAUUGCAGAAGAGGAGAGUGAUAGCACUGCUACAGAGGAGAGUCCCAUGGCUCGUCGCGCCUCGCGCCCAGCGAGUGCAAUGACAAGCCGCCGUACGAGCAUGUUGCCCACACCCAAGCAGCGCACUACCAGCGGUACAACCGUGCCGCAGAUUACAACACCUGGAGGGCGCACCCACAGCAGGAUGGGCAGCACCGAGGACGGACGUAGGAGCAAGCUUGGACUCGAUGCAGGGCGCAAGAGUUCGCUCGGGCUGGCCAGUGGUCGCAAAUCCAGUAUGGACGGCCGUCAGUCGAGUUUGGAUGAGCGCCCACGAUGGAGGUAGAUUCUCACUUUUCACGCCUAGUGCGAUUUUCACGGCGGGUCGGCCACGCUUUCGCUUCCCCUCAUAUGGCUCCAGUAGCCCAGGCAUCUUCUUCGCUUUUAGCAGUAUGAGAUUAAUACCGACCGGUCCGUCAGUUUGAGUUCAGAUUGCGAGCAUCUCAGUGGGCUUCUGCCAGAUCAUUUGCAGAAGCUAGCAGCAGAUUGGCGUUUUUUCCUUGAGGGGGAAAUAGUAUGCUAUACCCAGGAGUUCUAUAUGGAGCGUUUGUGUUUUUUUGUUUUAGCGAUAUGGUCUGGUCGCAGAUGUCGCGGCGCGCAGGAGCAGAGCGUGUCACCGCGUAAGGUUGGUGUCGAUAGGAGAUGGAGAGGCGGAGGCAAAUGCAGGAGGCCGAGCACGCGUGAUGUGACUAGAUAGACUAUGCU